GCUUUGUUGAAGCUGGGAAGCCAUUUUGGGAUUCUGCAGGGUGGCAUAAUCCGAGGCUGCUGUCAACUCUCAAACUUCUUCUAAACGAUUCGGCUCCGGCUCCUCCUGUUUUAGAAGAGGAUGCCAAACUGAAGAAUUCAGGGUUCCUUCUGCAAGGGUGGAACGAUGCUGGAUUUGGAAAAGUUUCAGGUUUGAAAACAUGAUUUGAAAUAGCAACCAUGGAUUUUUCUCGACUUCACAUGUAUAACCCUCCCCAGUGCCUGCCAGAGAACACUGGCUAUACUUACGCACUCAGUUCAAGUUACUCAUUGACCGCGCUAGAAUUUGAAACUGAGCACAAGUUGGACCCCGUCUUUGACUCGCCAAGAAUGUCACGGCGCAGCUUACGCUUGUCUGCGGCAGGAUAUGGUGGUGCUAAAGAUGAGGGUCUCUUUGGAAGUGGCAGCUCCUAUGCUGGGAAAAAGACUUUUGCAGAUCGGUCACCCAAGAUCAUCAAACAACACAGCGCUACGAUGAAACAGUCCAGUUCGGCAAGAACUGCCUCAAGGAGAAAACUGCCCGGCUCUUCCGCUUUUAGCCACAGUAGUUUCAGUAGCCACAUAAGCGAUGGGUCUCUCGUCUCCAGCUUAUUGGAUGAGUCUUCAAUACAGGAGCAGACAGCUGUUGACCAUUUCUGGGGUCUCGACGACGAUGGUGACCUCAAAGCAGGUGGGGACCCUGCACCGGGUCAGGCCAAUGGUGAUAUUGCAAUGACCCAGAGCCAGAUUGAGCUCGGCAACGGAUACACCUGUAAUGAUUGCAGUAUGCUUUCAGAGCGGAAGGAAGCCCUCACGGCAUACUCCUCUUCUUGCAUGCCAACCUCAAGAAUUUACUCUAGGGAUCGAAGCCAAAAAUACAAAUCCAGGAGUCUCCCUUACUACAGCAGUAAGAUUCUGCGAGCAGCCAAGUACGCUUCAGCAUCUUUCACGUCGCUCAUAGUACAGCUGUUUCAGACGAUCGUGCUGAAACUGGGCUAUGAUUGUGAAGCUCACUCUAAUUACUGUGGAAGCAUGAAUGUAAAAGAAUUUCUCAGGGAAGAAAGCCACUUGGGUAUGAACGGAGAGUCCUUGUGUGAUGACUGUAAGGGGAAGAAACACCUUGAAACAUACACAGCAGCCCACUUGCAAUCCUCAAGGUCUAAAAGGAUAGCAAGAAGCCUUUGGCACAUCUUUUCUUACCCAGGUUACUUCUUAAUCCAUAUGUUGCAAAGAAUGAGAACAGCAGGAUGGCUUGUGACCCAGAAGGUUUUGUCUCUCCUUUGGCUGGCUAUUGUGUCCCCAGGGAAAGCUGCUGCAGGAGCAUUCUGGUGGCUCGGAACUGGAUGGUAUCAGCUCGUGGCCCUAAUCUCUCUGCUGAAUGUUUUUCUCCUUACAAGAUGUCUCCCAAAGAUGUUCAGGUUGCUGCUGUUCGUUCUCCCCCUACUUUUAUUGCUUGGUUUAUGGUGCUGGGGCCCUGAAGAUUUCCUUUCAUUGUUACCAGCUUUGAACUGGACAAGCAUACUCAGAAUGCACAGGUGGGAAAACUCUGUAAAGAGACUCGCACCUGCCCCUCAUUCAGGCCAGGCUGGUCAGUUUCCAGAGGUGACUAUGAAGUUCUUUGAUGCAGAUCGUGUAAGGGAGCUGGAAAAACAAAUGGCCCUGUUAUCAGAGAAGUGGCAUCACCGGGAUGAAGAAUUCAGUAAAGCGCUGCUGCUGGCGCAGAGCUUUCAGGAACAAGUCGCCCAAAUGAACGACCGAAGUGAAAUGUUGGCGCUCGUAAAAAACAUUGUGAGCCAGCAUCUUCCAAAGGCAGAAUCAGAUGAAGUGGCACACUCAGAGCAUAAAUUUUUGACUUUGCACCAAGAGCAUGAAUGGCGCCUUGUGACUUUAGAAGGCCUUCUGGCAAAACUCUCUGAAAAAUCUGAGGGCCUCCAGAAGGAUUUUGAAUUAACCAAAGCAAAAACAAUGAGUGACAUUGAUGAGCAAAACCAGAGUCUUUUGUCCAAGAUUAAGCACCUGGAAUUUGAGUUGGCGCAGCUGAAGUCAGAGUUUCUGAGUUUACGAGAUUGGAAGAGCCACUGUGACAUGACAGACGCCCUUCACGAAAAGGUUGAUGCCCGGAUUAAAGAAUCCAUCGGGGUUAUGUUUUUUGGUGAGCCAGAAGGGGAUAUCCCGGAAUCCUUGCUUCAGUGGCUGACUUCCAGAUUUGUGAGCAAAGCAGACUUGCAGAUUUUGUUGCGAGAUCUGGAGAUGCGCAUCCUCAGGAACAUCACUCUUCACAGGUCGGUCACAAACUCCAAGGUGACUUCAGAGGUAGUGACAAGUGCUGUGAAUGAAGCUGGCAUUGUAGGCAUCACGGAAGCGCAAGCACAAGUUAUUGUCAAUAAUGCCCUGAGGCUCUACUCUCAAGACAAAACAGGCAUGGUCGAUUUUGCUUUGGAAUCUGGAGGUGGCAGCAUUUUGAGCACUCGCUGUUCAGAGACGUACGAAACCAAAACAGCGCUGCUUAGUCUCUUCGGAAUUCCUUUGUGGUACUUUUCCCAGUCACCCCGGGUAGUGAUCCAGCCUGACAUGUAUCCUGGAAACUGCUGGGCUUUCAAAGGAUCACAGGGAUAUCUUGUUGUCAGACUUUCUAUGAUGAUUUACCCAACAUCUUUCUCCCUGGAACACAUACCAAAAACGCUUUCACCCACGGGCAAUAUUACCAGUGCUCCAAAGGAUUUUUCAGUAUAUGGUCUUGAAAAUGAAUAUCAAGAAGAGGGGAUACUUCUGGGCCAGUAUACAUAUGAUCAGGAUGGAGAACCAUUACAGAUGUUUCAAAUCUUGGAGACAACUGAAAAAGCAUUCCAAAUAGUGGAACUAAGAAUAUUUUCCAACUGGGGCCAUGCAGAAUAUACAUGCCUCUAUCGCUUCAGAGUGCAUGGGCUAACUGCUGAAUGAACACUACACUUGUUUUCCUAUUCUGGUUGUACAUCAUUUCUGUUUUUAAGUUUAUAAAGGGAAAGCUUUGAACACUGGAAUCCUUAAAAGAUGAGGAUGUGUGAUGUACUACAGGUUCCAUAAUUCUUUCCUGGCUAAAUGUAGAAGACUGCCAACAAAAUUGUACCCCAAACCUAAUGGUUAUCUGCUCAGACGCUCAACUUGUAACUGCCAGACAGCUUUAUAUUUUUAAUGUGUUCUUUCUGAGGGAAAAAAAUGCAUGCCAACUGCUCUCAUAAGUCCAAUUAGCCAAUUACUAACCCCUAUUUUAAUAUGUCAGAAGAUAAAGCUUUUAAAUUUUCCUUUUGGCCAAUAGGAAUCUGUUUUUAAUAUUGGGACUCUCCUCUGCACCUUUGUGUGAUUAAGAUAAAAAGAACAGUGGAUGAAAUUUAGUAUGUCCUGCUGUUUAUGCAGUUCUCAGUGAGAUGGUUUGUUUGCAAUUCCAGCACAAGCCACCUUGAAGCUACAGUCUGUAACCACUGCUCAGAAUUGUGCCUCAAGAACUCAUUAGCAGCUUCUCAAUCCUGAAGCCACUUCAGUCAUUCCGUGCAGCAUUUAGUUUUUUAUGUUGAAGGUUCUGAUUUCAACUGAAACAUGCUUUUGUGUUCAUCUUCUGGAUUUAGGACAUUUUUCCUUAAACAUAUAUUUUAGUAAAAAAAAAAAAAAAAAUCCUUUGCUUUAAUGUUAGAGUCCAAGAAAACAUUGGGCACCAGAUUGCUGACAAAAUUAGGAGUCAAACAAGCAAAUGAAUAUCAGUAGCAAUUGUUUAACAUAGAAAGGGCUUACUCUGAUUUUUAAAAAAGACUGACCCGUUAAACAAGUUGAUGGUUCUAGUAAGAAAUAGGGAUUGAGUGAAUUGGUAAGUUGCCUUGAGUGCUGAAGGCAAAAUGGCCCACAUGUUUCAGCAUCAAGUGAAUCAGAUGAAUUAAGGAGGUUGUUACAUUGAGAAGAAAUGGUUUGGAUGGAAUUGAAUUAGACAGAUUUGUAAUAGUAGAUGGCUACCAUGUGAUGGGAGAUAAUGAAAAGGAAAUGUAGAGGUGGAGUCCGGCUUAGAAGAUUAUAGCAGAAACACUAAACCUCAGAGAAAACAGCUUACCAGUAAAAUUCAUGCCUGGAGCUUAUUCACAUGUUGGGUUUUGUGCAGUUUAACUUCCCAAAGUUCACUCUGUGCUCUGGGAUUGCUGCUAAUCUCUGAAAAUUCAGGGGAAGCUUCACAAGGUUGAAUGUAUGGAAAAGCACAAACAGCACAGUUUUGAAUCAGUUCUCCAAAAAAAAGUAUAUACUUUUUUUUUAAGCAUGCGUAUGUACAUAAUAAAAAUUGGGUUAUCACCUUCAGGAUGGCACCUGAAGCUAUUAUUGGAUUCUUAAUGGAAUUUCCCUUAAAGUAAUUUAAUACAAGCCCUGGCAAUUCAGCUUUUUAAAAUAUAAUUCUGAAAUAUUGUCAGAAUCUGCCUCAGAAAAAGCUUUUUUGUUCGGUGAAAAUGUUACUUUAGGUCCUGUUUUUUUUUGGAAGGUAAACUUUUCAGAAAAGAGAUAUGCUGACUGUUUUCUUUUAAAUGGAGUAAACAUAUGUUGCACAAGAGUCCUCAAAUAUUUAUAAAAGCAAGUUUUAUUCUUGAAUACCACUUGUUCAUCUGAGUUUAGCUGGAAGUAGAACCAGUGGCCUGUUAAGAACAGCUUGGUAAAGCCUGUUACCAGUUUUAAGAAUUUAAUUCCAAAUUAUCCUGUAUAAAUCCAGAUUGGGGGAGGACAGGGGUUGGUUUUUUGUUUUUUUGCAUAACACUAACUUAUUUUUUAAAAAGUGAGAUAGGACUUUGUGCAAUGUAUUUUUGUAAAUGCUUUUUCAGAAUAUUUGUCUCUGGUAUCCUUUGCUGCCUCCUAACUGACAAGAAGCUAUUGAAAAAGUUUAAGAAUUUUAAUUUUUGAAAGUGCAUGUAAUAUUUGGAACUAAGAAUAAAGUUUCCUUUUGGGUAUUUA